AUGAAAACCGAUUCUGCAAUAAAACAACGUUAUAAAUCACGCAGACGCCGUCAACCUCAGGGAACUGCCUCUCUAUCACAAUUAACCCUUCUUUCACAACAAAAAGAAAAGGCAACUUUAUUUUCUCUUCCGGCCGAGUUAAUUACUCGGAUUACAUAUUAUCUUACCUUACAAGAAUAUUCCCGCUUUUCACGUACAUGCAAAUAUCUUUGCACACAUUUUCAGAAAGAACUUAUCUUAUUUCUUAGAUAUGUCUAUGGCCUUUCUGUUAGAUCUGGUUCCUUAAUCCUAUUUGCUUAUGGGGCUCAUUUACAAUAUCGUGCACCAAAAUUACUUGAUCGUAUUUUAGACGAGUUUUUUGUUGAUGCUAAUGAUUCUCAUAAUACUGGACCUAACAUUAAUAAUAGGGUUUCACCGGCUUCACGUCAAGCAAAUUCACGGUGGCCUACAUAUUGGUCAGUUUUAUACUCACUCGACAAAGCACCUAAUUUAGAACCCCCGGUUAAUAAUACUAAUACACCGGGUAUAAGUUCUUGUUGUAAUGAAUGUUAUUUUCAACCACAUCAGAAUAUGUCAUGUUAUAAGUGCGCGUCUGCUCAAUAUCAAGGUUCAGAGUCAAUGACGAACCCAAAUCCAAAAUUACAAUUCCUUCAAAGAUAUGCGUCGAGAAUGAAUGCAAAAUUUGCUGGCCGUUCUGGAAGGUCCGUUUCAGGUGAAAGAUCACAUAAUAAUGGACGUCGUAAUGAAUGGCUCAUUACUGAUGUGAGACUCAAAAAAACUUACAAUAUGUUGAUCAUGCAAAACAUUCGGUACGGAGACAUCUCUCUUUUAAGAUUUUAUCUUGACAAAUAUGGUGCGCCAAUCAACGCGCAAGUAACAUUUUCACAAGAGGAGCAAGUAUAUCUUGGGGCGGACAGCGAAUUAAUGAAAUUGUUAGAUGAAUACCGUAUACGAGUUGUUCUGACCCCUUGA